AUGCACAAGAUGAUGAGGCGCCCUGCGGCCAUGUACGCUGUGCUCCCGCUGCUCGUCGUUCUCGCUGUCUCCCUCCUCUUUCAGGUCUCCGACUGCUCAAGGCCGUCUCCGGAGGAGCCGCGGACCAUUCCGCGUCCAGUCCUUCGCGACGACGAGCCGCACGUCCAGCGGCACCACCGCGACAACGCCGACGGGACCGGUACCACCCGACCCGCCGGUCUGGAGAUGGAGGGCGCCGUCGCCGUGGAGAAGCCGAUCCGCGCCGCCGCCGACGACAGUGGAGCGGGUCCGUCAGCAACGACGACCACGACGCCACCCGCGCGCGACGUGGUCGGCCGCCAGGUUGGCUCUGGGUCCACCAACUGGGGUGGCGCUCUAACGAUGAUGAGGCCGCCGGUGCGGCUGCGUUCCGAGCUGCCGCGGCGGGUUCUGGCAGGGGUACCGCCGGUGGUGGAGGGCGCGGCAGACUCGGAGGCCAAGUCGUCGUGUCACUCAAGCGAUGUCCACGUCAGCUGCCCGCCGUCGCGCAACUGA